AACUAUACUAAAUUGGAGGGUAAAAUAAACCUUAGUUCAGAUUUACUACUACCAGCCCCCUCUAAACUUUUUUUUUUCUCUCUUUUUAGCCAGGCGCCGUUCCAAACUGUCUCGUGAUUGAGUUGUUUUAGUUGAUUACAAUCCAAUUAGCAUAUAAUACCCUAAGAAGAUUCCAAUGCUUAGCACAGCGCCAAUUCUGCGUCUUACGGCUCCAGAAGCUAAUGGCGAGAAUGGCUCAACCUCACCGCGGCAGCAAAGGCUUUCCGAGGAGGAGGAUAAAGAGGAUAGAAUGGUAAUUGACCAGCAGAGUAAAGCAACGGCGCCUGCGCCAGUUGCAACGCACACCAGAACUAUUGGGAUUAUUCAUCCGCCGCCUGAUAUUAGGAACAUUGUUGAUAAAACUGCUCAGUUUGUUUCCAAGAAUGGACCUGAGUUUGAGAAAAGGAUUAUGGCUAAUAAUGCCAACAAUGCGAAGUUCAACUUCUUGAAUUCUGCAGAUCCUUAUCACGCAUAUUAUCAACAUCGUUUGGCUGAGUUUCGCGCACAGAAUCAAUCUUCUUCGCAGCAGGUUUCUUCUGAGAACGAAGAUAAAGCUGCUUCUGAGUCGGCUCAAUCGAUUGUUGUUGCUGAUGGGGGUGAAGCAGCUGCUGGUGGGGCAGUAGCUCCAAAGGUUGAUCCUGCUGCGCAGUUUAGAAUACCUCUUCGGAAAGCUCCUGAACAGCCUGAAGCUGAGCAGUAUACUGUUCGUCUCCCUGAGGGGAUUACUGGGGAAGAGCUUGAUAUUAUUAAGCUUACAGCGCAAUUUGUUGCAAGAAAUGGGCAAUCAUUCUUGAAUGGCCUGACAAAUAGGGAGAUGAAUAAUCCCCAAUUCCACUUUAUGAAGCCAAAUCAUAGUAUGUUCAUAUUUUUUACUGGACUUGCCGAUGCGUAUUCGAAGGUUUUGAUGCCUCCCAAGGGAUUGACUGAGAAGUUGACUAAGAGCGUUUCUGAUAUGACAUCUGUUCUUGAACGUUGCUUGAAUCGUUUGGAGUGGGAGCGUUCUCAAGAGCAGGCGAGGCAAAAAGCUGAGGAUGAGAUUGAGCAAGAGAGGCUUCAAAUGGCUAUGAUUGAUUGGCAUGAAUUUGUUGUUGUUGAAACAAUUGACUUUGCAGAUGAUGAGGAUGAAGACUUGCCCCCUCCUAUGACCCUUGAAGAGGUUGUGAGGAGGAGCAAGAUAACUACUAUGGCUGAUGAUGAAUUCAUUGAGCCUGGAAAAGAGGUUGAAAUGGAAAUGGAUGAAGAAGAGGUGCAACUUGUUGAGGAAGGAAUGAGGGCAGCUAGUAUUGAAGAGAAUGACGGCGAGAGGGAUAGGAAGUCAAACGAUGAGCAUGAAGAACCUAUGAGAAUUGUGAAGAACUGGAAGAGACCCGAGGAUAGGAUCCCUGCAGAGAGAGACCCUACAAAGUUUGUUAUUUCUCCAAUUACGGGUGAGCUAAUUCCCAUCAAUGAGAUGUCCGAGCAUAUGCGGAUUUCAUUAAUCGAUCCCAAGUACAAGGAGCAAAAGGAAAGAAUGUUUGCCAAGAUUCGGGAAACAACUCUUGCUCAAGAUGAUGAGAUCUCUAGAAACAUUGUGGGACUUGCACGAACUCGUCCUGAUAUAUUUGGUACCACAGAGGAAGAAGUUUCAAACGCAGUUAAGGCAGAAAUUGAGAAGAUGAAAGAUGACCAGCCGAAGCAGGUCAUUUGGGAUGGUCACACUGGAAGUAUUGGACGUACAGCAAAUCAAGCUAUGUCUCAAAAUAUGAACGGAGAGGAUCAAAGUGAAGCUGCUGGCAUUGACUUCAGGACUCUUCCCGGUCCUGCAGCUCCUCCUCCGAGACCUGGUUUUCCAUCAGUUCGUCCUCUACCUCCACCACCGGGACUAGCUCUGAACCUCCCUCGGAUGCCUCCAAACACAGUCCAAUAUUCUAAUCAACAUCCUGGUGCAUUCUCUGUACCUCCACCAAGGCCACCGGGCAUGCCCAUGAUGUCCUCAAUUCGUCCGCCACAGCCUCCAAUGCCAAUGGCACCGGGACAGCAACCUAACAUGAUGAAUCGACCACCCCCCAUGCCUCCAUCCAUGUCAAUGAAUCCUCCAAGUAUGCCUGUGCCACCUCCGCCAGGUUCUCAGUUUACUACAUUGCCAAUCCCUCGUCCUUUUAUGCCUCCUGGUCCUCCAUCUAUGUCUAUGAUGCCUCCACCGCCGCCUUUGCCUAUUGGAAUGCCUCCGCCACCUCCUCCUGAGGACGCUCCUCCACCGCUUCCAGAUGAACCAGAGCCAAAGAGACAAAGGCUUGAUGAUCUCCUGCUUAUCCCAGAAGACCAGUUUUUGGCACAACAUCCGGGACCUGUACGAAUCACUGUUUCUGUACCAAGUGUUGAUGACGGAAAUCUCAAAGGACAAGUUCUGGAGAUUACAGUACAGUCCUUGUCUGAAAAUAUUGGAAGCUUGAAAGAAAAAAUUGCUGGAGAGAUCCAACUUCCUGCUAACAAGCAAAAACUAAGCGGAAAAGCUGGUUUUCUUAAGGACAAUAUGUCACUUGCGUACUACAAUGUUGGGGCAGGAGAUAUGCUGUCUCUUUCUUUGAGAGAGCGUGGUGGUAGAAAGCGAUAAGUGUGUUCAUUCACGUCCUCAUUUGAGGUUUUCUUUUAGUACUAUCUCGUCAAUGGAAGAGCAAUCACAUAUUGCUAUGAGACUCGGUCAUUUUUCUUUGAUGUUUUGCUGGAUUAUGUUGAACUUGUAUAGGUUAUUUUACAUGGCAUGUUGAUGUUUUGAAUUGUUAUAAUUUGACUGAUGGUCCAUGGUAUCUAAUACAGAUUCAGCAUCUUGGCGAGUUUCUCUUUAAGGGCAAUGGGAAAUUAGAGCACUUCCUUGUUGCUUAGGCAGAGCAAGCCAUCUGUUCUCACUAACUACUUUCCAUUUGGAGUUGGGUCUCCAGAACAUAAAUUGGUCAUUUGAUUGGACUUCUAAUCUCAUUUUUGUGGAUCUAAUUUGUUAGCUCA